CCAGAAAAGGAGCUGGGGCCUGAGGUCUCCCAGGACCCCGAGUCAGGCCCGCGGAGGGUGCGCGGUCCGUGCAGCCCCGAGAGGUGUGACCCGGGAAGCAGCCGUGAUGGAGAACAGCCUGGACCUUUCCAAGCUCACGGACGAGGAGGCCCAGCACGUGUGGCAGGUGGUGCAGCGGGACUUCGCCCUGCGGACAAGGGAGGAGGAAAGGCUGGCGCAGCUGAAGGGCAAAAUUAGGAAGGAGAGCUCCAAGAGGGAGCUGCUGUCCAACACGGCCCAUCUGAAUGAGACGCACUGUGCCCGCUGCCUGCAGCCCUACCGGGUCCUGGUGAACAGCAAGCGGCAGUGCCUGGACUGCGGCCUCUUCGCCUGCAAGAACUGCAGCCAUGCCCACCCGGAGGCCCGGGGCUGGCGGUGUGACCCUUGCCACCUAGCCAGGGUGGUGAAGAUCGGCUCGCUGGAGUGGUACUACGAGCACGUGAGAGCCCGCUUCAAGCGGUUCGGGAGCGCGAAGGUGGUGCAGUCCCUGUGUGGGCGGCUGCAGGGCGGAGGUGGGCCUGAGCUCAGCCCUGGGGAGAAAAGUGGAGACAGUGAGCAGACGGACGAGGACGGACAGCCGGACACAGGGCCCCAGGCCCAGCCCCUUGGCAACAAAAAGCGGCGCCUUCUCUCCUUCCGUGACCUGGACUUCGCGGAGGACUCGGACAACUCGGAGGAGCCUUGCGGCCGCGCCCUGUGCCUGUCCUCGGUCGCCAGGGCCACCGACAGCCUGCAGUCCCUCCCAGGUGACCUCUGCUCAACUGACGCCGCCUGCCGGGAGCCUGAGGCCCUGCAGGAGGAGGACGCCGGGGGCUACAGGCGCCAGCCCCGUCCCUCCGAGCAGCCGGACAGCCUCUCCCCAUCGGGACAGGACGCCCCUGCGGAGCUCAGCCUGCCGGCCGACGCCAACACCACAGCUCUGCGGACGGCGGCGGUGCCCGGGACAAACGCCACCGGGAGGGGGCAGCCCCCUGCGCAGUACCUGGCCGAUGUGGACACCUCUGAUGAAGACAGCAUCCCCGGGCCCAGGGCGACCUCCCAGCACGCCAAGCAGAGAGGCCGGGCUGCACUUAAGAGCCAGUCUCCAGCCAAUGCAGAAGCUCACAUGGAGGCCGACCUGGAGGAGGAGAGUCUGAGGAGGCAGCUGAAGGAGCUGACCAGUGCCCUCAGCGACCAAGGCACCUCGUCCGAAGAGGAGGUGGCCAAGGAUGGAGCAGCCAGGGAGACAGCAGAGGCAAGCACAGCCACAGGCCUCACAGACACCCAGGACAGCAGCCCUUGGACCCACAGGGCCUCUGUCCACACCAGCAGGCCCACGGAUGAGGUGCUGUCAGAGCUGGAGGACAGGGUGGCCGCAGCAGCCUCUGAGGUGCAGCAGGUGGAGAGCGAGGUUUCCGACAUCGAGUCCAGGAUCGCAGCCCUCAGAGCCGCAGGGCUCACAGUGAAGCGCUCGGCCAGGCCCCAGAGGAAGUCAAACCUCCCGAUCUUCCUGCCUCGAGUGACAGGGACACUUGGCAAGAGUCCGGAGGAUCAGAAUGCAGACCCUGCAGAGGCGGGCAAGGUGGCGGCUGAGCCCUAUCUUCUCAGGAGGAAGUACUCCCCUAAAACUCCUGGUAAGGAUGAGGAGUCCUUCGAGGGGAAGUCACUGUACCGCGGGUCCCUAACGCAGAGGAGCCCCAGCGGCAGGAGGGGCAUGGCCCGCCACAUCUUCGCGAAACCCGUGGUGGCCCAGCAGCAGCAGUCCUAGAGAGGAGGCGUGGGACCAGGACAGAGCCACCAAGAGACCCACCCUGUGCCCGCCACACGGUGUCCCAUCCUCCUGGGCACCAUACUUCCCGCCGCACGCUGUCACCGCCCCAGACAGAAACGGGAAGAGGACUUGCUCCUGUGCACUCCUGGCUGCAGGUGCCAGCAGCUCCAGACCCCAGCUGUUCACCAGAUGCCAGUGCCACCUGCCCGGCUCUGCGCUGUGAGAGAGCCAGUGUGACCUCCCAAGGGAUGGCACCAUCGCAAGCUGUGGGAGGAACAGGGCAACCUCUGUCCCUGUGAUCUUCUGGCCAUCUACGCCCGGCUGUGCUGGGUGGGACAGGGAGGCAGUGGACGGUGCUGUGUGAGGGGAGGGCAGACGUGGCACAGGUCUGUGCCAGCGAGUGGGACCCUAGGCAUCCAGCUGGGGACUGCACACGGGACCCAGGGGCACCAAGGAGCAGAACCCGCCUGCCCCAGCAGCCCUCUCUGCAAGCCACCGUGGCCUCCGGGAAGGAACAACUGCACCACUCACCACCACCCCCAAAGUCACCCCGCGCCCCCAGGAGUACCACCCCCCGUCCAAGCCUUUGGGGACACCGUCUGAACUGUGGCCCAUGACUCAUACUUCAAAAAUAAACUUUGCCAAUUCACAAA